AUGAAGAAAAAACAGUACCUUGUUUAUGUCCACCUUCAUCAACAUUCAGGAGAUAUUGCCUAUGCAAAAUGUUACUGCCCUGCUGGCGCUGGUGGCUGUUGUAAACAUGUGGCAGCUACUUUGUAUCAGCUUCUCGAUUAUAUUGAACUUGGACUCUCAGAUAUACCAGAUGAUAAAACCUGCACCCAGGAAUUACAAAAGGCGCAUGUCCCUAGAAAGAACACAACACAAGCAGCCCUGCUUUUCGAGGCCUGAUUUCCCCCCAGGAUUCGUAUGAUAAGGACAAAAAAGGACGUAAACGCCCAAUACCAGAAGGGAAGAGGGAGGACUACUGCUCAACAAGAGAGAAGGUGUCAAAGGAUGACUUGGAAUGGCUUAAAACUAGCUUGGAAAAAGCAGGAAGCAGUUGUCAUUUCAGGGCAUUUUUUAACUAUAUAACUGGGGGGCCAAAGCCCAGCCCCCAUGCCCCCCCACUCAACCAUUUUGCCCCCCCCCCCCAGUCAAAGUCCCUUUUCUCUAAACUAUAAGCAAAACAUGGAAUUUAGAAGGGAGGUUUGAUAUUCUAGUAACUGAAAUUUGCUUUGUGAAUCUUAUGUCCUGUCUUUUAUGUUUAAUAAAUACCUUAUUACAUUUUAAACAUUUCCCAGGCAGUGGAUUGCAUUUCCCAGACCCUAUAGAUUUGAGUUGUUGGACAAGUUAGUGACCGCAGGGGGGGCAACAGGCCCUCAACCAAGUGUUUUAUAAGGGGGGAGGGGAUAAUAUUGGCCCCCCACAAAAAAAAAUUUGAUUUCGAAACUAGAAGUAUUUGAAAUCAUAUAUACAUAUAAUCAAAUAUCUGUAAUCGAUAUUUUGAUAACAUUUCUCGUAAUAAUCCAUCCUGACUCGCGGAUAUCAUAGACUUACAAAUCAUAAUGAACGAAUUAAUGAAAGGGCCUAACAAAAGACGUAUAGAAUACUUUGAAAAUGCCAUUUCCGACCAUUUAGAGACGCACAAUUUUCAAAAUUUUUCCGCUCUGUGCCAACCAUGGUGGCGCUUCGUGGGAGUCGGGAACUCUAAGUUUAUCAAGCUGGCUCCCUAAGUGACGGCCAAGUUGUGGUAUCUACAUAAACAUACUAUGCAAGUCAGCAAGUACUUAACUGAAGGUUCAGUCUAUCUACAGCAUAAUGUAAUGCUGUAUAUCCAAAAAUCUGUUUCAGAAAAUGCAGGGAAUUGCAGUCAUAGGGGUAGAAAAAUACAAAAAUUUUCUGGGAGAGAAAACUUCAGACCCUCUCCAGGGGGGGGGAGGGGGGCUGGGGAGCUGCAGCCCCCAAUAAUUUGCUAAUAAUCAUUCAUUUUUCAAAAUCAUGCAGACCUUUAUCAUUUAAUCCAUGACAAACUGCAAAGAAUGAAGAUAUUACCCAUACUUUCCUGCAACUUAUCCAAUAUAUCGUUAAUUAAAUACGCCUUCGCCCAUUUAGUACUACUGAAUUCUAAAUUUCCACAUACUAAAAACGCUGUUUUCUGACAAUCAGAAAUCUGUCAAAUCUUCCCCAAAGUCCAGGAAAUGGCAUUUCAGAGACUCUAAAUUUAAAAAUUUCCUCGGGCCUUCGGCCCUCGCUUUCAGCCCCCCCAAACGAAAAGAGCUUCCUACGGCCCUGCUCUCCCCCCCCCCCUACUAUUAAAUGCGAUACCACACCAAACUUUUUGUUACCAACAAACCAUCUAUCAUUGCUCCACACUCGGUAUAGUAUGGUCCCUUUUUGUAGAUGGCCCCCCCACUGACGAAUUCUUAAAAAAUGCCUUGUGUCUUUGGUUGGUAUCCUAGGCAACACCAAUUGUGAACCUUGUGAGUUUACUGCAAAUGAAUUACCAUCUAGACAGCGCAUAAUGAAGGCAGGGGAAGUGGGUGACAAACUGGGCCAAACAGCUGUGAGAUCUAGUAUUCUAAAAAAAUUAACUCAGAAUUUAGAUUGUACUUGUGUUCCAGACAAGGAAAAUUGUGAAAAAUAUAUUAUGGAGAAAUUGUUUGUUAAUAAUGAGGGAUGCAGAGAGAUUGAGAAGAACACGCGCAAGCAAAAUGAGUGUAAAGAGUGGUAUAAACAGAGAAAAUGUCGGUUGACUUCAUCAUUAUUUGGUUGUGUAGUGAAGAGGAGAAAAACAAUCUACCCAAAAACUAUUGUGAACAAGAUUACUAAGCCAAGUCAAAUAAAGAAUGCAAGUUGUCAAUGGGGAAUCGAGAACGAACAGAAGGCGUUGAUAAAGUACCAUGAAUAUAAAGAUGAAAUCAACGAGCAUGUAGCUCUUUGCUCAGCCUGUGGUUUAGUGGUCAAUCCAAUGAGGCCAUGGCUUGGUGCUAGUCCAGAUGCUCUCAUAUUGGACAAGAGAGAAGAAUCAAUGUAUGGAGCUGUGGAGGUAAAAUGCCCUGCAUCUAAAUCUGGGAUGAGUAUCAUCAAUGCAUGCAGUGACAAGUCAUUUUGUUUAGAGAUAGUAAAUGGAAAGCCAUGUCUAAAAAAGAAUCAUGUAUAUUUUUAUCAAGUGCAAGGAGUUAUGGCUAUCUGCCAGUUGUGUUUUGUAGACUUUGUUGUAUAUACUGUAAGUGAUAUCCAUGUUGAAAGGAUUUAUUUUAGUAAAGUUGAAUGGGAAAAGUGUACUUUACCUGAAUUAACAACUUUCUAUUUUAAUUAUCUAAUGCCAGAUACUGUUACUGUAUUAUAACAUAAUUAUAUGUUCACAAAACAUAAUUUAAAUAGUGGACACACUACUAACUGUACUUAAUAAAGUCAGAAAAAUACUGGACUGAACUGUGUAGAGUCAUAUAUAGUAACAUACAGGGCCGCCGAGAUGGGGGGGGGGCAAAUUGCCCCGGGUUCGGGGGGCCCUAGAAAUUUUUUGUUGGGUCCCAGUCAUUUUUUUGGGUGAAAUAUUUCCGUGCAAAGGGCAAGAUAUUGGGGUUUUUUGGGCAAAGUACAGAAAUUUGGUAUGAAAAAUUGAGGUAAAGUGCCUGGAAAGCAAUUACAACGUACUCAUUCGGAAAAUGUUUUGCCCUAAAAGAGUUGUCUACGGGGGGAGGGGGAGGGGGGUUGUUGUCCGAAAAAAAAAUUUCAAAAAAUUGGUUGAGAAGGUGUUUCAAUGAAUAACUCCGUGCAGUCGAUUAUGACCCUUGUGUUUGGAUAACUCUCCUUAAAACUUGGUGGUGAGGUUUCUCUCACAUAACUUUGAGAAGGCCAAAUGGGUAUGGACCGUAAACGUCUGUAUAAGAAAUCAAGCCAGGUAACCCAAAUUCUCGACACAUGGGAUUCGGAUAUGUUAAACCUGUUGGCUAAGUCCCUCUCAAGCAAACCCAAUCUAAACCUUACAAGGCACAAGAAUAACUCUUCCUCUGGUGAUAAUGUCCUCCUGGGUCCACAUUUUUCUCGAUUUUCUGUUGGCUUUGUAGUAUUCCAAGAUCCAAUAUAUUGUAACCUUUCACAUGCAGGGCAAAGAUAGUCAUAAAAUGCCUUAAAUGGACUGUAAUUAGAAAAGCCAGUAUAAAACUCGAUAUCGCUAUCAUUAUUUUUAAUGUGGUAUAUAGAAAAACUGCACUGUUCGACUUUUCCCUUCAAAUCGGAUAUCUUUUCUUGUUGUUCUUGAUCUUUCUGCUGAAGGUUUUCAACCAGCUCUUCAAGUUCUAAAAUUCUGUCCUCACUAGUGGGCUCAUCUUCUAUCUCAGGACUCUCUUCAAUUGUGUUGUCUCUAUUUCUGCAUUUAGAUGUUGUUCUGGGUUUCGGUUGGGUGGGCAGUAAUAAUUUUUGCACUAUAGUUGGAACAUUGUGAAGACAUGUCUUCUUGCCACCCACAAAAUGCUUUGAACAAACUCUGUGAUGGUUGUUUGGUGUAAAAUUAGCUCGUCCGAUCCAAUGCAACCACAUCUUUCUGAGCUUUUUGUCAGUUGGAAUUUGGUAAUAUGAGAGUUCUGGAUUUCUUUUAUAGUGUUGCUACUACAUGUUGGAAUACAGCAAGUUGUUCCACCUCCUUUAUAUUUUCUUUUAGAACAUGCAUUUUCUGUGUUGCUUUUAUCUGCCUCCGAUGAAGUACCCGGCCCAAUAUCCAUCAAAAAAUGUAUAUUAUUUAAACCUAUACCUUAAUUAUUUAUUUCACUAUUUACAAAUUUAAUCCUUAGGGCCUGCCUGGAGAUUAAAAUACCUAAAUUUACUAUAAAUAACUAUAUUAUAUUCUACUACCUUAAAUGCAAAUUUAAAACGGUUUUUCCUACGUUAAUAUAACUACGAAUUCAAUAUAUUUUAAGCCUAAUAUUUUAAUACUAAAAACCUACUUGUUUAUUUUGACAGGAAAUAAACCGACCACAACAAAGGAAGCAGAAAAAUAAGCGACAACAGAGGCAAAAUGAUUUCUCUUUGGCGUUUUUACAAAGUAACGGAGCCGGGGCAGAAAAAACCGGUUUGAACUGCUUUUAGUUCGCGCCAAAACAUUUUAAGGUCUCUUUAAAACAUUGUGUUUGAGCGCCAUGCUGAUCGAACGAUCGACAGACAUUUUGUCAUGAAUUAGUCGAUUUCAACAAGCGAAAAAAUCGGCAGGAAACACUCGAUCGUUGUCAAAAUACGAGAUAUACAUCAAGAAACAACACACACAAAUUUGUAGGUUAAAAUGGUGAGCUGUCCGAUGUUUACUAAGCGCGCUCACCUUAAAACGUUGGGAAGGCCCUUCCUCCUGGAACGUAUUUAUGAGCACACUGUUCGCUCCUCUGUUCUUCUACAGGAAUUUUCUCGUCCAUUUUCGGUUCGAUUUCGCUGUACUUGAGUCAAAACAAACUUUAUAGCAUUACAAAGUUCUCCCUUGUUUUAAAAUUUUCAAACGUUACGAAAAAAGUGUUAAAAAUAAACUAUAUUUCUCACAUGCAAAAUGCUCGCUCCACGGCGGCCAUUUCGCGCGCAAGUGAAGGUUACCAUUUUUCCCACGAUGCUUUGGUAACAUGCAAGUUGCCUAUUACGAAGAUCACUGCCAAUAUAAAUCGGGUGUUAUGUUAAUUUUCGUUUUUUUGGCUUCCUGUUUCUGAUCGAGUUCACAACUUGCAUCGAAUUGUGUCAGGAUUUUUGAGCAAUUUCUUUAAGCAAAUAGCAAACAAUGGAGCUGGUAUGUGGAUUUAAAGCUAAAUACUUGAAUAGAGUAGAUAUGUACGCAGAUAUGACGUUUGCAUAUCAGAUAAUAACCGAUAUUUUUUAUAUUGACGGGUCACUGGUUUUGACGAGACUUCAGUCUAAAAGCACUGGUUUUCCACAAUUUUCUGAAAGUUUGGAGCGGUGUUUCAAUUCUCGGAAAUGUUGACACUUUAUACAUCGGCAAGCGAAUUAAACUGCAUCUCCCGUUUGUUAAUUUGCCUCCAAAUACAAGGAAAUUCUGCUUGUAAUGAAUAGUAUUGGCAUUAUUUUCACACUGAUAGCUUCAGGAUUUCAAUCCUAUUAAUUACAUGUAUUUCUAUUGCGCGCAAUUUAUACAUGAUAUUUUGCUCUUUUUCAAAAGGUUCGCUCAUUUAAAAUUAAUACUGGAGCAGUAAUGCCUUCAAUUGGCUUGGGGUGAGCAAUUAUAAGUUUUUUUAGGAAAAUAGUUUGCUUCAAUUGAGUGUAAUGAUGUAUUAAAUUGCAUUAUACAUAGUUUCACAAUAGAAUUGUAAUAUUGUGCAAUAUGCUGUCAUUGUUUACUGCAUUUGAAAUGGUGAACAAAACAAUUUAAAUUUGUUAAGGCCUAAAGGCCUUGGGAAUCAUAAUACAUGAUCAAGAGUUAAAAAGGAAAGAUAAGUUUACGGAAUACAAUAACUAAGACAUGAUCCUUACUAGACCUUUAGGAAGACCAGUUUAGAACUGAUAUUAUAGAGCUAUCCAGUAUAAGUAAUUAAGCUAGUUUAGUCUAGAUUUCCUCCUGUAGUAACACUCACUCUGGAUCAAUAAGAGAUGAUCCUUACUGGACCUCUGGGGAGAACAGUUCAGAACUGGACCUGUCUGGUAGAGCUAUCCAGUAUAAAUAAAGUUAGUGUAGUUUAGGUUUCCUCCUGUGGUACUGUAACACUGAAUCAAAUUAGAGAUGAUUAUUACCACGGGGCUCUAGGAUGCACAGUUUGUAACUGAAAGAACAAUCCAGUAUAAAUAAAGUUAGUUUAGUUCAUACAAACUCAGCUACAGUAAGUAAAUAUUAAUGAGCCCUAAAUCACUUUAUCUCAUGCAGAACAUGGAAAUCAAAGCCAGGCGAGGUGGGCGGUGCUGUCAAAGCAGCGAUCAGAGCAGGGUACAAGCACAUUGAUUGUGCUGAAGGUUAUGGUAACGAAGCCGAGGUCGGACAAGCUCUUACCGAGGUCUUGAAAGAACUUGGAAUGAAGCGAGAGGACGUCUUUGUUACCUCAAAACUAUGGUAUGGAAUGUAUUUUUUCUACAAGAAAUACAUUUUACAACCAUAUAUGCACAAUUGACAUUUGAGAAUUAUUUCCAUUUAUUGUAGGUGUAACAGCCAUGCACGAGAGGACGUCUUGGCAGCCUGUCAAAAAACUUUGAAAAAUUUGCAACUUGAAUACUUGGAUUUAUAUUUGGUAAUUCAUUUGAAUUUGAAUUUUGCAGUUGGUAGCUCUAUCAGUUAUGUUCUAAAAUGUUCUCCCUAGAGCUCCAGUGAGGAUCAUCUCUUAUUGAUCCGGUGUUAAUUACUACAGGAGGAAACCUAAACUAAACUAACUUUAUUUAUACUGGUUAGCUCUCUCAGUUCUAAACUGUUCUUCCUAGAGGUCCAGUAAGGAUCAUCUCUUAUUGAUCCAGUGUUACUACAGGAGGAAACCUAAACUAAACUAACUUUAUUUAUACUGGAUACCACUAUCAGUUCUCAAAACUGUUCUCCCUAGAGGUUCAGUAAGGAUCAUCUUUACUGAUCCAGUGUUACUACAGGAGGAAACCUAAACUAAACUAACUUUAUUUAUACUGGAUAGCUCUAUCAGCUUUAAACUGUUCUUCCUAGAGGUCCAGUAAGGAUCAUCUCUUACUGAUCCAGUGUUACCACAGGAGGAAACUUAAACUAAACUGACACAUAACAGUUUGCAUUGAAACACCUGUGGCUCUUUGGCUAUAGCAUGACGUGGGUAUAUAUGAGCAUAUACCCACUUAUAUACCAAAAUCGAUUAUAUUCAUGAGCAUGCUCAUAUACAGUAUAUACCAAAAUCCAGUAUGCUUAUCAGCAUGCUCAUAUAUUUACCAAGAUAUAAUGUACUAUAAAUUAUGCCUGUUUACUGCAUACUGUACCUUAUAGCCACAGCAGUUAGUGGCUAUAAAGGAUACUUGAUAAUAUAGCGAUGGCAGUUUGUGGCUAUAAAGGAUACUGGAUAUCAGUAUACCUUAUAGCUACGGCAGUUUGUGGCUAUAAAGGAUACUGGAUAUCAGUAUACCUUAUAGCUACGGCAGUUUGUGGCUAUAAAGGAUACUGGAUAUCAGUAUACCUUAUAGCUACGGCAGUUUGUGGCUAUAAAGGACACCAGGUACUGGAUUUCGGUAUACCUUAUAGCCACAGCGGUUUGUGGCUAUAAAGGAUACUGGAUUUCGGUAAACCUUAUAGCCAUGAUAGUUUGUGGCUAUAAGGAUACUGGAUUUUGGUACACCUUAUAGCCACAACGGUUUUUGGCUAUAAAGGAUACCAGAUUUUGGCAUGUUUGUACCACAGUGGUUUGUGGCUAUAAAGGACACUGGAUUUUGGUAUACCUUAUAGCCACGGCGAUUUCUGGCUAUAAAGGAUACUGGUUUUCAGUAUGCCUUAUAUGCCCAUGGUGGUUUGUGGCUAUAAAGGAUACGGGAUUUUGGUAUACUUUAUAGCCACAGCAAUUUGUGGUUAUAAAGGUUACUGGAUUUUUGUAUACCUUAUAGCCACAGCGGUUUGUGUUUAUAAAGGAUACUGGAUUUUGGUAUACCUUAUAGCCACAGCGGUUUGUGGUUAUAAAGGAUACUGGAUUUUGGUAUGCCUUAUAGCCAUGGUGUUUGUGGCUGUAAAUAAAGUUAGUUUAGUUUAGGUUUCUUCCUGUAGUAAUAGUGGAUCAAUAAGAGAUGAUCCUUACUGGACCUCUAGGAAGAACAAUUUAGAACUAAUAGAGCUACCCAGUAUAAAUAAAGUUAGUUUAGUUUAGGCUUCCUCCUGUAGUAACACUGGAUCAAUAAGAGAUGAUCCUUACUGGACCUCAAGGGGCUAUAAAGAAUACUGGAUUUCGGUAUAUCGUUCAGUCACGAGUUGUUGACAAGUCCGGAACAAGUUGUUAUCAUCUUGUAACAAGGUUGAUGAGGCCAACAGACUCGCUACAAGUUGUUCCAACAAGUCUGAUAUCGUCUGCACGUAACAAGUUUUUAACAAGUUGAUGACAACAAGCUCGUAGCAACUUGUUACGAACAGCCUGUAUUAGUCUUGUUGGAACAACUUGUAGCAAGUCUGUUACCGUCAUCAACCUUGUAACAAGGUGAUAACAACUUGUUCCAGACUUGUCACAACAACUGGGAACAAGCAGUGCGAACACAUCCUGACAUCGGCUUGAAAACAACCUUGCUUACAAUUUGUUUGCAGAUCUGUAACAACUUGUGCGUUUUUAGUUGUCGACGUACUCGUGGCGAUACAAACUAUAUCGGAAGAAUUUUUUGUAAAUAAUUAUAUAUCUCUUUCUUAGAUACAUCAUCCCUGCACAUUUGCGAACGGCAUGCGAUUCCCGACAACACCUGAAGAUCGUAAAAAUGUACUUGGCUAUAACAAGAAGAGACUGAGUGAGACGUGGAAGGUACUGAAAGUUAUACUCUGCUGGAAUUUUUCGUUAAAAGCUUCCAACUAGGAUUUUCUUGUAGCUUACACAUUGGUGAAGAAGAUUAUUUAUUAUAUAAACAUAAGUGUUACAGUAUAUAUAGUUUUUGGCCACUGAGAAAAAUGGUAUUUAAACACACGUAAAAAAUACGAUAUAUUUACGUGUGAAAAUAUCAUUUGUUGUAAAACGCAUUGCCACAGACGUUUUAUUGUUUUUCACCGAAUUUUGUUUAUAUAAUAAACAGAAAAAUACAUGGGUGCAUGAUUUCCACGCAACCAUGCAUUAUUCUCUAUUUAAUUUGGCAACUCUGACUUUGGCGGCUGAAAAUUUGAGAGAAUUAUAAAAUUUUGUGUAAUGAAUACUGUCUUGCAACUGUCGUCCAGAUAGAACUCGAAUCUGACUCGACGACACUGUUGUAAUUGUUGUGAACUGUUGCCAGUGUGUCGUAACAAGACUUUUGCGAAAAAUUCCAGGAAUCGAACCUACGGCCCUGUGAUCCCGCUGCAACGCUCUAACCAACUGAGCUACAGAGGCCAGUUGUCCCUUUUCACAUGGCAACCUUUUAAAAUUUUUGAAACGGAUUUUUUUCAGGGAAUGGAGGAAUUGGUACAUAAAGGGCUUUGUAAAGCAAUUGGGGUUUCAAAUUUAACAUCAGCCAAAAUUGCAGCGCUUCUGGAAACAGCCAAGAUUGUCCCUGGCACUAAUCAAGGUGAUGACUUGAUCUGGAUUAAUACUGGAUCUUUACUGGACUUCUAGGAAGAACAGUUUAGAACUGAUAGAGCUAUCCAGUAUAAAUAAAGUUUGUUUAGUUUAGGUUUCCUCCUGUAGUAACACUGGAUCAAUAAGAAAUGAUCUUCACUGGACCUCUAGGAAGAACAGUUUACAACUGAUAGAGCUAUCUAGUAUAACUAAAGUUAGUUUACAGUAGUUUAGGUUUCCUUCUGUAGUAAUACUGGAUUAAUAAGAGAUGAUCUUUACUGGAUCUCUAGCAAAAACGGUUUAGAACAGAUAGAGCUAUUCUUCGUGCCUCCAACGUGAAGUUUGUUUGUGUUUUUUUCUUCAGUUGAACUUCACCCAUUCUUGCCCCAGCCUGGACUUAAGAAAUUCUGCGAGGAGAAAGGUCUGUUAAUCGUGUUUCAUAAUCUUGGGUGUUUGAUAAUCAACCUUAAUUCAUUUUAAAUAAUCAGAUUUCUUAAAAACAACAAAAUUACUUUAAUUCUUACAGGAAUUAUCAUUACGGCGUAUUCUUCCUUGGGGUCUCCUGACCGUCCUGGCAGUGGCGAAGCUGAUCCUGUUCUUAUGGAUGAACCUCUGGUCAAAGAAAUUGCAGCGAAACGCAACUGUAGCCCAGCACAGGUUUGUUUAAAACUUCUCAAACGUGGUGGUCCAGUGUAGGUAGUAUUCUACAAUGACCUGUCGUGAUUUGUGUCUGAACUACUUGAAAAAGAUAUCUCAAACGUGGUGGUCCAGUGUGGGUAGUAUUCUACAAUAAGCUCUCGUGGUUUGUGUCUGAACUACCUGAAAUAUACAUCUCAAACAUGGUGGUUCAGUGCAGGUAGUGUUCUACAAUAAGCUGUCGUGGUUUGUGUCUGAACUACCUGAAAAAGAUAUCUCAAACGUGGUGGUCCAGUGUAGAUAGUAUUCUACAAUGAGCUGUCGUGGUUUGUGUCUGAACUACCUGAAAUAGAUAUCUCAAACGUGGUAGUCCAGUGUAGGCAGUAUUCUUCAAUAAGCUGUCGUGGUUUGUGUCUGAACUACCUGAAAAAGAUAUCUAAAACGUGUUGGUUCUAUGUAGGUAGUAUUGAGUCUAGUAUUCUACAAUAAGCUGUCGUGGUUUGUGUCUGAAGUACCUGAAAAAUCUCAAUCGUGGUGGUCCAGUGUAGGUACUGUAGUAUUCUACAAUAAGCUGUCGUGGUUUGUGUCUGAACUACCUGAAAAAGAUAUCUCAAACGUGGUGGUCCAGUGUAGAUAGUAUUCUACAAUGAGCUGUCGUGGUUUGUGUCUGAACUACCUGAAAUAGAUAUCUCAAACGUGGUAGUCCAGUGUAGGUUGUAUUCUACAAUGAGCUUUAUCAAUUAUUUAGGUGUUACUAGCGUGGGGAGUGAACUAUGGUUGUCCUGUUCUACCCAAGUCGGUCAACGAAGGCCGCAUUAAACAAAACCUAGAAACAUACAACGUGAAAUUGGAACAAGAAGACAUGACUGCCUUGGCGAAUAUUGGCAAGAAAUUUAGAUAUUUAAUGAUGAAUUUGUUCUAUAUUGAGAGAAUGACUCCAGAGAAGUACUGGGACGGAGAACAGGGGGUAUAA